AAUAGGUUGAGGUGGUUUCAUCUCAACCUUGGUUCCUCACUAAACAGAGUCCAGUGAGUGAGAGGCGCCACUGGAGCAGAUUUCAGUCUCUCACUUUUAAAGGCUACAUACUGCACCUGACGAAACUGAUAGCAUAUACUCUCUCCGAGUCUCUCUCUCACACACUAACGCACGCACACUAAAAUGGCAACGGCGGGAACACUUCAAACCCUAAUUUUCAUAACUCCGACGAACGUAACAUUCUCUAAUCGUCAUCGGAAUGCAUAUUUUCGGAUAAACCACGUUUCUUUAUCACGUCGGUCCGCCAAUUUCAAUCACAACUCUUCACUUCUUCGAAAAACUCACCCCAUUUCAAGACGCAUAAGAGCCAGCGAACGACCACACAAGUUGGGUAGUGAUGGAGACCAAUCUCCUCAAGUUUCUGGUUCUUCGAUGGAUUUGAAAUGGGCGAAGCCGUUGCUGAAGUUUGCUUCAAACAAUUUUCUUCCAUUAGCUCUUGUCAGUGGAGUAACGUUAGGGCUUGCAAAUCCUAGUCUUGGUUGUCUUGCUGAUAGCUUUUCUCUGUCAAAAUUUAGCACUUUUGGGAUAUUUAUUCUUUCAGGAUUGACGUUGCGUAGUGAGGAAAUUGGUGCAGCCGCUGAAGCAUGGCCAGUUGGAAUUUUUGGGCUAGGAUCUAUUUUGUUUUUCACCCCCUUCUUUUCAAGGCUUAUUUUGCUACUUCAGCUACAACCUCAAGAAUUUGUCACUGGAUUGGCUCUAUUUAGCUGUAUGCCUACAACAUUAUCAAGUGGAGUGGCACUGACUCGGCUUGCUGGAGGGAAUUCUGCCCUUGCUCUUGCAAUGACGGUUAUAUCUAAUCUGUUAGGAAUCUUGAUUGUGCCUUUUUCUGUCUCGAAGUUCUUAGCUGCUGGAGUUGGUAUAUCUUUUCCGACUGAGCAGUUGUUCAGAAGCCUUCUUCUCACUCUCUUAGUCCCUCUGAUCUUGGGGAAGGUCUUUCGAGAAUCCUUCAAAGGGGUUGCAGACUUUGCUGAUCAUAACCGUAAGCUUUUGUCAGUGAUGAGUGCAGUCCUCCUCAGUUUAGUGCCAUGGAUACAAGUGAGCAGAUCGAGGUCAUUGCUGUUAAUGGUCAAGCCUGCAGUUUUUCUUGUAGCUGUUGGAAUGGGAGCACUCCUGCAUCUCAUCCUGUUAGCAUUUAAUGCUUUAGCAGUACAGAGCCUCUCCGCUGUAUCCGGUGGUAAUAAAUCAGUUUUUGCAAAGAAAAAAAAUGCUGUUGCUCUUGUACUUGUUGCAAGCCAGAAAACCCUGCCUGUGAUGGUAGCAGUUGUGGAUCAGCUUGGUGGUGCAUUCGGUGAAUCUGGUUUGCUGGUUCUUCCUUGUGUCGCAGCACAUCUGAAUCAGAUUGUCCUGGACUCUUUUCUUGUAAACUUCUGGUUUCAAAAGGAGCAGAUGCUGGACAACCCCAAGCCAGCCUGAGAUUUAGGAAUGAAGACCAUGAUUAUCGAUGGUUUAUGCAGAUGAUAAUAUUUGUGGAGCCAGUCUAUAGAAAGUAGUGGGAAGUGAUAUGAUUGAUUGCCACUUUCUUUCUUCAAUACGGUUAAAAGAGUUACAGGGUUUGUACAUUUUGUGCUGCCCGUGUUGUAUCUAAAAAUGUACCUCAGCCAUUAUUUAAUCAAAUUGUAAAAUACCUGAUUUGAUUAUUGGAGACUAUCCCAAUUAUUGAUUAGUUUUAUAAUGUAAUUUUUUAUUUUA